AAGCGGAAGAGUAAUACGAUAUACAUGAAUAGGCGCCUACCAGAAUGUAACUGCACGAGUGGAAGUUCAGUAAUGUUUUGGUGUGGGGUAUGUAAAUAAUGCCCUGCUCGGAUGUAAAGAGUCCAGUUUGCCGCGAAUGUCGCUAACAGAGGUUUCCACGAUGCCAGGAAAAGGUCCCUCAAGGUUGUAUCUGUGCUGUUUGGUUUGCGUCAUUCUUAGUAUUGGCGGAUGCAAGGCAAACGAGUGUCCAGGGCCUUGCCAUUGCGAUUUUACGUCUUCAACACAGGGAAUUGUCAACUGCUCUUAUAGCCGCGCCUUGUCCCUGAAUAAAUCUAUGCCACGCAAUACAACUGUUCUGGAUCUACGCUACACCGGUCUGUCUGAGAUCCCACCUCACGUUUUUAGUCAACUGGAAAAUCUGAAAAUACUGUAUGUCGGAGGCAACUACAUAACAUACUUUCAUAAAGAUAGUUUUGCAGGUUUAAGGGCUUUGGAACACUUGGAUUUUUCUCCCCUUUAUUUGGAGACAAAUUUCGAUUAUGAAGCAUUCCCCGUGAGCUUGUUCCAGGACUUAACGCAGUUAAAAGUUCUGAUAUUUGGGAAAAUGGGCAUCACUUCGCAAGUGCAAAAAGGAUAUUUAGAUCAAACAUUAGCCCCCUUACGUCGAUUGCAACAGGUGUUUUUUCCUGGUCUACCACGGCGUAAUUUGGUACUUGGUCCCGGUUACAGAAAUCUCACCUCACUAAAAACAGUUGUGUUUCAUGAUCAUGGAUCCGUAGCACACCUUAGAAAACACUCUUUUGCCACGGUGAAAAAUUGUCCCAUUGAACGGCUAGCUUUCAUCGGAUGCGGUCUUGACACCGUAGAAUACGGCACAAUGUCUUCAUUUCCACAUUUGAAAACACUGGAUAUAGAGGGUGCAUCGUUUAGCACUGUCGGAGAGGUUGGAAAUGUCAUUUGUGACCUGAACAAUACCGCCAUUGAGGUGCUACGCAUGAGCAACAUAUUCUCAUGGCGAUAUGGAAAACCUACUGUGGAAGAGUGGAAAUUGUCUGUUAACGCCUUUCAAUGUUUGGAAUCCACAUCACUUAAGUCACUAGAAUUACUUCAUGACAGAAUUACCGGGAUUGACAUUCAAAAUUUUGAUUUUUUAACUCAUUUAGAAUAUGUAGAUUUGUCUGGUAACGCCGUUUUAUUUUUAUUAGAAAAUAAUACACAACCAAGCGGUUGGGAUAUUAUAUAUCGUAAAUCAUUAUUACUCUCAAACCUUACUUUUUUUAGGAUGGACUUCAAUAUUUAUCGCAAGUUUAUGGUGAAUGCCCGAGAUCUUCCAUCAAACUCAUUUUGGUAUGGCCAUCCAAAACUACCUUUAGAAUCAGUCAAAUUUCAAAACUCAUUGCAGAAAAAGCAUGAAGGUCCCCAACAAAACGUUAAUUUUAGUCGUCCAAUUUUGAAAAUACGUUUGCCUGAAAAAAUCGAAUUUUGGUCUUCAAGCUGGUGGGGCAUAGAUGAUAAUACUUUUGAAAAGUGCCACCAUUUAAAUAAAGAUUUUUAUUUCCAACCAAACAACGUCAGAUAUCUCAAAAUAGAGGACCUGAAUUUGAAUUUAAAAGAAUUUUGUCCCGUUUUAUAUGGCUUAGAUAGACUAGAGUUCCUGGAUUUUUCUCAUAACGGCAUUCAAUACCUGCCAGAGAUUUUUUUCAAUAAUUUCAUCUCAUUGAUAUACUUGUAUCUGAAAGACAACAAUUUAGGUCCUUUGAUUGCUAAAAGUGGUCUUCAUCCCAUACAACUCCCACACUUAGAAAUCCUCGAUUUAUCAGUGAACAAAAUCAGCACAAUACCAAAAGACUUUUUUGGCCAUCUUGCUUCAUUGAGACGUCUGGACCUCAGCGAUAAUCGAAUAUCAACAUUAUCUUUUACCAUGAUAAACUUACUUUCCAUAGAAUACAUAGAUAUAAGCACUAAUCAACUAACCGACGCCUCGACAUCGGAGUUGGACUACAUUAGGAAUGUGAAUGCCAGUAGCCUGAAUGUUACUUUGAACAUGAGCAACAAUCCCAUGGACUGCAACGUUUGCGACGGGAUAGGAUUUCUCCGUUUGAUUAUCCACUCCAACAUGACGACAAUAUUCUCCAACGACUCCACCUGUUACGUGGAUGGACCUAAAACAAGCUUAGAGAGCAACCUGAGUAGACUUGAGAGGGAAUGCGAUAUCUUUCCACAGGUUAUCACUUCACCAAACCAGUGGCUUAUCUUGGGAGCAUCUCUUGGUAGCAUAGCUGCUGCGGCCUGUGGCCUUAUAGUAGUUUACAUUUACCGUUGGAAUAUCAAAUACCACUUCUUCCUUCUUCGCCGCCAUUUUCGAAAGAGAGGUUUCAUGGGUGGAACACCUGGUCACGUGUACGCCUCCUAUGACGACAAAGAUUAUCACUGGGUGACACACGUGCUGUUACGUCAUCUAGAAGAUGAGGAUCAACUUGAUGUCAUCAUAGAUCAAAGAGAUUUCAUUUGUGGCGCUUCCCUUUCCGAGGCCAUUGUAGAGGCCGUGGAGAACAGCAGGAAAACAGUGCUUGUCCUCUCUGAGAGCUACGUUCUCAACCCUUGGUGUGAGUUUGAGUUCCAGAUGUCUCUUGCUCGUGGUUACCAAUCAGUAAUACCGGUUAUGUUGCAGCCUGUGCCAUUUGAUGCUAUGACGAAAUCACUGCGAAAAUACAUUAGAGCAAGAGGGUAUAUAAAGUGGACUGAGAAACAAGAUGGGCAACGUCUGUUCUGGAAACGCCUCUCCGGCGCCAUCUUUGAUGAUAAUGAUAUUCAUGCGCAGCCCGAGGAAGACGAAUUGACUGAAAUCAUGUAG